AUGUCAUCACCAUAUAUACUUCAAAUCAAUUUCAUUAUUGAACAAAUGAAUAUUUAUGUUGCAUUAGUUAUAUUUAUUACCGGUAUUAUUGGUGGAUUACUUAAUAUUAUUAUUUUUACAUCAUUAAAAACUUUCCGUCGUACAUCAUGUGGAUUUUAUUUAACUGUUACUUCAAUAUUUAAUGUUGGUCAAACAUUAUCUGCAUUAAGUACACGUAUACUUGAUUCUGGAUUUUCAAUUAAUCUUACAAAUGUGUCAUGGUCAUGUAAAAUUCGUACAUUUGUUGCACAAUCUUGUGUUUUACUUUCAUUAACAAGUAUGUCAUUAGUAACAAUUGAUCAAUUUAUAUCAAUGACAAGGUAUAAACAUUUUAGCAAUUUACGAUUAGCUCAUCGUCAUAUAAUAAUAAGUUGUUGUAUUUGGUGUUUUCAUGGAAUAUUUGUUUUUCUCUAUUGGGAUGCACCAAAUGGUAGAUGUACUUCACUUAUUAGUUUGGGAUAUGAAAAAUAUCUAUCAUAUUUUUAUCUUCCUGUUCUUCUUGGAUGUCUGCCUAUAUUUAUCAUGAUUACAUUUUCAUUACUUGCAUUUAUUAAAAUUCGUACAUUAGCUAGUCGUCAAAUAAAUAUCGUACGUUUAAGUCGUGAUCGUCAAUUAACUGCUAUGGCAUUAUCACAAGUAGCAUUUACUGUCUUCGUAUCUCUACCUUAUACAAUUUUUAAUAUUUAUAAUUUAAAUACUGUGACGACAAAUCAAGAUGAAUAUGCUCGUGAUCAAUUAAUUGGUACAGUUACUGUUUUAUUAUAUUAUGAAAAUUUUGCAAGUUCAUUUUAUAUAUUUUGUUGUGUAUCAAAACGUUUUCGAAAACAAUUUAUAUAUGUUAUAUUUAAAAUUCAUUUAAAUUGGCUAAGAAAACUAUCUAAUAAUUUAAAGAGUAAUCAAAUUGCACCUAGUAUGGAAUUAUCAAUUGAUGGACGAGUUGGAAAAGCAAAUGUUACUAUUCAUGAUGUUUCAAUUCAAACAUCAUAA